UGAGUUGAAAAAUUCAACAUUCUCAUCGAGUCACUGUUGUAAUCUCAUUUUUCAAGUAAAGUGAUCUCUGCGAACGUUAAUUUUGCGAAUUACUUGUUCGUUGUGUGAAAAGCGCGUUAAUUAAACAAUUCGUGUAUUUCAUUCGUCAAGUUAGUCAUCGGUUAUCGCUGAAAAAUGGCUUCGAUGUUUGUAAUCGGUAUUGAUUUCGGUAACGAAUCGUCGUAUAUAGCCGUACCUCGAGCCGGAGGAAUAGAAACCAUCAGUAACGAUUUCAGUCUGCGAGCAACUCCAUCAUGUGUGGCAUUCAGUAAUCGAAACCGAAUUCUCGGUGUGGCGGCCAAGAAUCAGCUUAUAACCAAUCUUAAGAACACCAUCUUCGGAUUCAAGAGGUUGUUAGGUAAGCAAUUCGAUGACCCGGCUAUUCAACACGAGUUACGUUUCGCACCAUACCCAACCAUUCGUUGUAAAGAUGGUACGAUCGGUGUCAAAGUUCAUUACUUAGACGAAGAACACGUAUUCACCAUUCAACAAAUAACCGCUAUGUUUUUCACCAAGCUGAAAGAGACCGCCGAAGCGGCAUUGAAAUGCGAAGUCAAUCAAUGUGUGAUAUCAGUCCCUUCGUUUUUCGAUAACGCCGAACGUCAAGCGUUACUGGACGCAGCUACCAUAGCUGGUUUAAAAGUAUUACGUAUAUUCAACGAAACUGCGGCUACGGCGUUAACUUACGGUAUCUAUAAGCAAGACCUUCCAACCCCGGAAGAGCCGCCUCGUAAUGUUAUAUUCGUCGAUUGCGGACACACAUCUUUACAAGUAUCCGCUUGCGCUUUCAAUCGAGGUAAAUUGAAGAUGUUAGCUUCGACCGCAGAUCCUCAGCUGGGAGGACGCGAUAUCGAUAUCAUUCUCGCCGAGAGUUUCAGCGAACAGUUCAAAUCCAAGUAUAAUAUCGAGCCGUCGAAAAAUCCUCGAGCCAUGUUACGUUUACUCGGCGAAGUUGAAAAACUAAAGAAACAAAUGUCCGCUAAUUCUACGAAAUUACCUUUGAAUAUCGAAUGUUUCAUGAACGAUAAAGACGUACACGGUGAUAUGAAACGUACCGAUAUGGAGGAGCUUUGCGCCGGAUUAUUCGAACGUGUUGAACAGACUAUGCUGAAAUGCUUACAAGAAUCCAAGUUGAAGAGAGAAGAAAUACAUUCCAUCGAGAUCGUAGGCGGUUCGAGUCGCGUGCCAGCGAUUAAAUCGCUCAUCGAGAAGAUAUUCGGUAAAGUACCUAGUACAACGCUGAAUCAAGACGAAGCUGUAGCUCGUGGUUGCGCUCUUCAGUGCGCGAUGCUUUGCCCGGCUAUCUUAGUUCGAGAUUUUAGUAUCACCGAUAUUCAAAAUUACCCGAUUAAAGUGAUUUACGAUUCGAAAACUAACGAAGAUUUGGAGGUAUUCCCUAAAAAUCACCCGAUACCGUUCGCUAAGAAUCUGACUUUCAAUAAACGCGAAACUUUCGAAUUGAAAGCUGUUUACGCUCACAAUAACAAGUUGAUCGGUAGAUUCAUCGUUAACGACGUCAAGCCCGACGCCGAAGGUCAAAACCAGACGGUUAAAGUCAAAGCUCGUAUCACUAUUAACGGUAUAUUCACCGUACCCAACGCUACUUUGUCCGAAAAGCAAGAAAUCGACGAUCAAGCCGAACCGAUGGAAGUAAGUCCACCACAUCCGGGUUCCGAAGAUCAACAACCGUCAGCCGGAGCUGACUCGGCUGAGAAUUCGACGCCCGAAAACGACGUCGAUAUGAACAAAGGUAGUGAAAACGGUUCCAAAUCAGCCGAGAAGAAAGAGCGUAAAAAACGAUCUGUGAAAACCAUCGAUUUGCCUGUGAAAGUCGAACUAGUCGGAGCUUACUCUUCGAACGAAUUGAACGACCUGACAGAACAAGAAUGUAAAAUGGUAUCUACCGAUCGUCAAGAGCGAGACAGAAUCGACGCCCGUAACGCUCUCGAAGAAUACGUUUACGAGCUCCGAGGUAAAUUAUCAUCGCCCGACGAGCUCGCUACGUUUGUACCGGACAAAGAACGAGAGAAAUUAUGCCAACAGUUGGACGAGAUCGAGAACUGGCUCUACGAAGAAGGCGACGAUUGCAAACGUCAGGUGUAUUCCGAUAAGCUCAAAAGUCUACAAGAUUUCGGCGAACCGAUUAAAAAGCGUAAAUUAGAGUUCGAAGUACAACCGCAGUUGCUGGAAGAAUUUAGCUCAACUUUACAAUUGACACAAAAAGCAGUCGAUCAAUAUAACGCCGGCAUAGAGUCGUAUUCUCAUCUGGAGAAAAACGAAGUCCAAAGGGUUCAAGAGUCGACAAAUUCAGCUUUCCGAUGGGUCGAAGAAAUACGUAACAAAUUGAACACCGCUUCGCGCCAUCAAAAUCUACACAUCACCGCGGAUCAAAUCAAAUCCGAGAAGAAUAAGUUCGAACAAGAGGUAACCAAAGUAUUCCAAAAACCAAAACCGCAACCACCCCCUGCGCCGCCCCAAGAACCGAGCCAAGAAGAAGCCUCAAAAUCAGGCUCCGAAGCUAAAAGCGAAUCCGGUAAUGCAUCUCAGUUACCUAACGGCGAUGAGAAAAUCGACGCUUGACCGAACCGUAUUGAGUUCCUAAAGAUUGUUGUUGUUGUCUCGCCAUAACAGCGAGAUUCCUCUUCUUAAUCUUUUCGUGUGUAUCCGAGCGCCGCAAAACAUCAUGUGUACGCGAUUUACUCGUAUCGAUGGUAAUUCUAUAAUUAAAUUGUCAUCUUCAAUGGCGAUUUUUUUUCUCUUCUCAUGUAUUGUUAACAGAGUAAUUAUUAUUCUAACGUGUGUAAAAAAAAACCAAAACGUAAAAACAUUUUUUAACGCCAUACUUACACCACAUCUGAUAAAUUACCAACUGUUUUAUUAUUUUUUUUACAAACAACCGAAUCAUCUUAAAACGAACUGAAUCAUAUUUACACGAUAUCUUUAGAGUUUAAUAUAAAGAAAUUAUUUGAAGAGUGAUAUUCCAAAACUCGCUUUGUCCAUUUUCACAACUUUUCAGGAGAGAGGAAAAACAGCUUCCCUUUAAACGGGUAAAUUGGCUUUUUAGGCGAGUUUAGCACUUUAUUUGGGUGGAUUUAUGAUGUAGGAGUGUAGGUAUACAUUUCAUCCACUAAAUACUGCUGAAAAAAAUUUCAAUAAAAAUGGACAAAGCGCGUUUUGGAAGAUUAUUUUUUUUUUAAUUUUUAGUGAAUUGGCUAUUUAGGUGAGUUUAAAACCUCAUUUUGGUAGGUUGAUGAUGUAGGAAUGUGAGUUAAUACUUCAUCUACCAGGUACCACUGAAAACCCAACUUUGAUAAAAAUGGACAAAGCGAGUUUUGGAAUAUCACUCUUCAUUUAUUUAGUUUAACCAAAUAUUGUACGAUUUUUUUCUGUGUAUGUAUUUAACAAAAAUGAAAUUACAAUACGAUUUAUGUAUAUCACCGGAGGAUGCUUUUUAAAAAAGAUUUUUGUGUUUUUAUAUUUCUCGAGAGAAAGCGAAUACCUGCUUGUUGUACCUACGAUGUAAUGUUUUACCUAUUUCAUUAUAACAUUCCGAAUUUAUUUUUUUGGCCAACGUUGUUGUUCUUUUUGAGUUUAAAAGUUCGACUUUUGAGGUUUAAGAGUUUUGGACUUUCGAGUUUUAAGGGGUGCAAAGUGUACGUGGGGUGUGUAUAGUGAGCUCUUUAGAUAAUUUUUUCUUUUCUUCGUCCGAGGUUUUUGUUUUUAUUUUAUUUAAUUUUUUUUCUCGAUGGUUUAAUUGAUGCGUCUGUGUAUUUUACAUUUUGUACCUUGUAAUAAUUUCGAAGUACGAGUGUCAAAUAGCGAAGCAGUAUAGAGUUAUAUUUUACCAUUUGGCUUAUGUGUACACGAUUCUCGUCUAAUAAACGUGUGUAAUUCGUA